AUGUCUACCAACGACAACACCUCUACUCUCCAGUCGGUUGUUGACACCGCCACCGGCUAUGUCAACUCAGGUAUUGCCUCGUUGACAGGAAGCGCUGGUGACCAAGCCAAAGCCCAAGAGUACAAGGAUAAAGGCGCCGCUGAGUCCGACCUAUCUCACGCUGCCGCCAAAGCUGGCCCCUUCACCGUCACCCCCUCUGGUGCAGCCAAGGAUGACAGCAACCGCACCCAAGGCCAAUGGGAUCAGACCGUCGGCAGCAUGAAGGAAGCGGCAGGCAACCUCAUCGGCAACGAAAAUCUUAAGCAGCAAGGCCGUGAGCAGAACAUGCAGGGUCAAGGUGAAGAAGCCAAGGGUCAACUCACCGAUCUUGGUCAAGGUAUUAGUGAUCGUGUUCAAGGAACCAUGGGUAGUGCCGUCGCUGGCUUGACUGGCGAUCGUGAGGCCCAGGCUAAAUACGCCGAUCAACAUGACGAGGGCAAGACGAGACAGCGCGGUGUCGAACUUGACUUGCAGAAGCAAGCUGAGGCCGAGCAGAAGAAGUGA